UCGAACGCGGGGCCCCUACAUUGGGAGCAUGGAAUCUUAACUACUGGACCACAAGGGAAGUCCCUCUGGGCUGAUAUUCUCAGUGUACUGGGAAACCCUACACAGGGGGAGAUUUCAAGGGCACAAAAGCAAGUACAGUAUUCCCUCCCCUGCCAAAAAUCCUGUCUCCUCAUUCUGAAAUGAAGCCUGGCCCAGCCCGGUCACCCUUUGGCCCUCUCCCGUUCAGAAGUUUCAUCGGGGAAGUGAUGGAAAUGGAAAGGGUGGCAAAGCUAUGGCUGACAGCCAGCUGGGAGGGAGAGCUGCUUCGCUGGGCACCACUCACCAGUGUGGCUGUUGGUCCCAACCCAAAGCAGUGAUGCUUGUUUCAUGAGGACACACAUCAGGCCCUUGGGGUAGGUUUAAAAAACCCCUCACACCAGCGACUGCCCAGGGAGGCAACUCUCAUGUGAGAUACCAUGGGGAUUGCAGGUGACCCCAAGCCCUGAAAAACUGAGUGGGGUCACACUCCUGCAGCGGAAGAGCUGCUACUAAUUGAGGCCACGGAAGGAAGGGUAGGGAUGUCUAGAGCCCAGGAGGAGGGGGCUUUGUGCCAGGCAGGGUUACUCAGAGCAGGGUCCUCAGGGAUGUUAGAUUCAACUUAGAAUGCGGAAUGUGUGUGUGUGUGUGUGUGUGUUUCAAGAGCUGCCUUCCGUCACCUGGCUAUGGAGCUGUCACCUAGAAAAUAAGGAUGCUGAUAACAGUGGGUAGCCCUCUAACUGCUGUGAAGUAGUCCUGUGAUUAUUGCCGGCAAGAAAUCAUUGCUCAGAGAGGCCAAGCAACUUCCCCAAGAUCACACAGUCAGUGAGUGGCAGAACUGGGACUUGAACUCAGGUCUCCUUGACUCAAACCCAUGCCCUUGGUACCAGAUUAGCAUUUGAUGUGUACCUCCCUGGGGCAGACCCCAGAUAGAUAAGUUUCAAAGGUCUGGCCUUUCUAGCCAAGCAUGCUGUUCAACAGCAGAAGGGAAGUCAUGAAUACCUCUCCAGGCCACAUUCUGCCCAGACCCCAGUCUCCAGGCUGCACGUGGACCCUCAGCUAACCUCUCUGCCUCUUUCUCUGUGUCUGUCUGUGUCUGUCCGCCUCUCUCUGUGGAGGGAGGCUCCUCCCUCUUCUCUUUCGUCCUCUGGAUGUCUGUCCCUCUGACACUGGCUUUCGCCUCCUCUCUGUCCUUCUUGUUUUUUCUCCACACCUCCAUCUUCCUGCCUGUGCCUACCCUGCUCUCUCCGCAGGACUCUCCAGUGGACAUGGGGGUGGCCCUGGGCCCGGCCCUGCUGCUUACCUCACUCCUCGGGGCCUGGGCAGGGCUGGGCCCUGGGCAGGGAGAGCAGACUGUGACGGUGGCCGUGGUGUUUGGCAGCUCGGGGUCCCCGCAGGCCCAGGCCCGUACCCGCCUCACCCCCCAGAGCUUCCUGGACUUACCCCUGGAGAUCCAGCCGCUGACCGUGGGUGUCAACAACACCAACCCCAGCAGUCUCCUCAUCCAGAUCUGCGGGCUCCUGGGGGCUGCCCGGGUCCAUGGCAUCGUCUUUGAGGACAACGUGGGCACCGAGGCCGUCGCCCAGAUCCUGGACUUCGUCUCCUCCCAGACCCAUGUGCCAAUCCUCAGCAUCAGUGGGGGCUCUGCUGUGGUCCUCACCCCCAAGGAGUCGGGCUCCGCCUUCCUGCAGCUGGGCGUGUCCCUGGAGCAGCAGCUGCAGGUGCUGUUCAAGGUGCUGGAGGAGUAUGAUUGGAGCGCCUUCGCCGUGAUCACCAGCCUGCACCCCGGCCACGCUCUCUUCCUUGAGGGCGUGCGCGCCGUCACCGACGCCAGCUACCUGAGCUGGCGGCUGCUGGACGUGCUCACGCUGGAGCUGGGCCCCGGCGGGGCGCGCCAGCACACCCAGCGCCUUCUGCGCCAGCUCGACGCCCCGGUGCUGGUGGCCUACUGCUCGCGCGAGGAGGCCGAGGUGCUCUUCGCCGAGGCGGCGCAGGCUGGCCUGGUGGGGCCCGGGCACGUGUGGCUGGUGCCCAGCCUGGCCCUGGGCAGCACCGACACGCCCCCUGCCGCCUUCCCCGUGGGCCUCAUCAGCGUCGUCACCGAGAGCUGGCGCCUCAGCCUGCGCCAGAAGGUCCGAGACGGUGUGGCUAUCCUGGCCCUGGGCGCCCAUGGCUACCGGCGCCAGCACGGUGCCCUGCCCGCCCCGGCUGCGGACUGCCGCGCCCACCCCGGGCCCCUCAGCCCUGCCCGGGAGGCCUUCUACAGGCACCUACUGAAUGUCACCUGGGAGGGCCGGGACUUUUCCUUCAGCCCUGGUGGGUACCUGGUCCAGCCCACCAUGGUGGUGAUUGCCCUCAACAGGCACCGCCUUUGGGAGAUGGUGGGGCGCUGGGACCACGGCGUCCUGCACAUGAAGUACCCCGUGUGGCCUCGCUACAGCGCCUCCCUGCAGCCCGUGGUGGACAGCCGGCACCUGACGGUGGCCACGCUGGAGGAGCGACCCUUUGUCAUCGUGGAGAGCCCCGACCCUGGCACAGGCGGCUGCGUGCCCAACACUGUGCCCUGCCGCCGGCAGAGCAACCACACCUUCAGCAGCGGUGACGCGGCCCCCUACACCAAGCUUUGCUGUAAGGGUUUCUGCAUCGACAUCCUCAAGAAGCUGGCCAAGGUGGUCAAGUUCUCCUACGACCUGUACCUGGUGACCAACGGCAAGCAUGGCAAGAGGGUGCGCGGUGUGUGGAACGGCAUGAUCGGGGAGGUGUACUACAAGCGGGCGGACAUGGCCAUCGGCUCCCUCACCAUCAACGAGGAGCGCUCUGAGAUUGUGGACUUCUCCGUGCCCUUCGUGGAGACGGGCAUCAGCGUGAUGGUGGCCCGCAGCAACGGCACCGUCUCCCCAUCGGCCUUCCUGGAGCCCUACAGCCCUGCCGUGUGGGUCAUGAUGUUCGUCAUGUGCCUCACGGUUGUGGCCAUCACUGUCUUCGUGUUCGAGUACUUCAGCCCCGUCAGCUACAACCAGAACCUCACCAGCGGCAAGAGGUCCGGGGGCCCGUCCUUCACCAUCGGCAAGUCCGUGUGGCUGCUCUGGGCGCUGGUCUUCAACAACUCGGUGCCCAUUGAGAACCCCCGGGGCACCACCAGCAAGAUCAUGGUGCUGGUGUGGGCCUUCUUUGCCGUCAUCUUCCUCGCCAGCUACACCGCCAACCUGGCCGCCUUCAUGAUCCAGGAGCAGUACAUCGACACCGUGUCUGGACUCAGCGAUAAGAAGUUCCAGCGGCCGCAAGAUCAGUACCCGCCCUUCCGCUUUGGCACGGUGCCCAACGGCAGCACGGAGCGGAACAUCCGCAGCAACUACCGCGACAUGCACACCCACAUGGUCAAGUUCAACCAGCGCUCGGUGGAGGACGCGCUGACCAGCCUCAAGAUGGGGAAGCUGGACGCCUUCAUCUAUGAUGCCGCUGUCCUCAACUACAUGGCGGGCAAGGACGAGGGCUGCAAGCUGGUCACCAUUGGCUCUGGCAAGGUCUUUGCCACCACCGGCUAUGGCAUCGCCAUGCAGAAGGACUCCCACUGGAAGCGGGCCAUAGACCUGGCGCUCCUACAGUUCCUGGGAGAUGGGGAGACCCAGAAGCUGGAGACCGUGUGGCUCUCGGGGAUCUGCCAGAAUGAGAAGAACGAGGUGAUGAGCAGCAAGCUGGACAUUGACAACAUGGCAGGUGUCUUCUACAUGCUGCUUGUGGCCAUGGGGCUGGCCCUGCUGGUCUUCGCCUGGGAGCACCUGGUCUACUGGAAGCUGCGCCACUCUGUGCCCAACACGUCCCGGCUGGACUUCCUGCUGGCCUUCAGCAGGGGCAUCUACAGCUGCUUCAGCGGCGUGCAGAGCCUGGCCAGCCCCGCGCGCCCGCCCAGCCCCGACCUCACCGCCGGCUCGGCCCAGGCCAGCGUGCUCAAGAUGCUGCAGGCGGCGCGCGACAUGGUGACCACGGCAGGGGUGAGCAGCUCCCUGGACCGCGCCACGCGCACCAUCGAGAGCUGGGGCGGCGGCCGCCCGGUGCCCCCGCCGCCCGCCUGCCCCGGCCCGCGGCCGCCCACCCCGGGUCCUCCCCGCGAGCCGAGCCCCACGGGCUGGAGGCCGCCGGGCGGGGGGCGCGCUGCGCUGGGGCGCAGGGCUGAACAGCCCUCGGGCCGCCCCCCGACGCCCCGGCCCGCCCUUCCCGACGUCUCCCGGCCGUUGGGCCGGCGGGCCUGGGAGGCGCGGUGGCCGCUGCGGCCCGGGCCCCGCGGACGGUGCUUCUCGGCCUCCGAGCGGCGUGCGCGCCCGGAGCGUCCCCUGUCGCCCGAGCGCGGCCACUGCAGCUCCUUCCCUCGCGCCGACCGGUCCGGACGCCCCUUCCUGCCGCUUUUCCCGGAGCCCCCGGAGCCCGAGGACCUGCCGCUGCUCGGGCCGGAGCAGCUGGCUCGGCGGGAGGCCCUCCUGCGCGCGGCCUGGGCCCGGGGAUCACGCCCGCGCCACGCGUCUCUGCCCAGCUCGGUGGCCGAAGCCUUCACUCGGCCCAGUUCCGGGCCCGCCCGGUGUGCCCGCCCGGCCUGCGGGCGCUUGAUACCGGCACAGUCCAUGCGGCUGCCCUCUUACCGCGAGGCCUGCCAGGAGGGGCUGUGGGCCGGGCCCCCAGCCUGGCCGCACAGACAGCACGCCUGCCUCCACACCCAUGCCCACCUGCCGCUCUGCUGGGGGCUUGUCUGCUCUCACCUCCCACCCUGUGCCGCCCACGGCGCCUGGCUCCCCAGGGCCUGGGGGCCUCCGGGGCACAGGGACAGGACCCUGGGGCGGAGCCCAGAAUACAGCGACAGUGGGGAACUGGAAGGGGUCAGCAGGGCGGCCUGUGGGACCCACGGCUUUCCACGGCCUUGCACCUGGAGGCGGAUCUCCAGCUUGGAGUCAGAAGUGUGAGGGCUCAGGUCCUCUGGUUCCUGUUCAGCUGGAUCCUCUGCCUGGCGCUGCCAGCAGUUAGCGGGCAGGUGGUCUCUGGCUUUCUUGGCUUCUGUCUUGAAAUCCAACCGAGUGACAGAUGAUAUCUUCAUGGUCAGCUCGGUGACCUCAGCGGCUGCAGUCCUGUUGUGGGUUGGGCUUCUGCUAUCUUCUUAUGCAAAUCCCUUCCCACCUGGCCUGGAGUCACGCGGAGAGCAGCGGGGUCUCCUGCUGUGAGCCGGUCCCUGGUCCUUGCUGCUGGGGGCUUGCUGUGGGAGGCGUGUAAGCUGGAACUUGGGGUUGGGGCAGGGCUUUCGUGUUUCUUGUUCCAUCUGGCUGGAGUUUCUUUUCUCCAAAUGCUGGGACAUUAAACCAACCUUUUACAACCCA